GGGUUCAGAUGUUAGGAUGUCUACGCUAGAGCGAAAGCUGCUUUGGAGUAUGUAAUUGUCUUGAUGCUGACUGCCAUCGUAGUGCGACGCCACGGAGACCUCAGCAUGUUCUGAAUGCUCCAGCAGGAAUCACAAAUGCCAAUUCACAAAGGAAACAAAUAGACGCAUGUCUUCGAUCAAACAAGUUCAGGACCUCCAGAGCCAGAUCGCCGAAUUGACCCAAAUGAACACACAGCUACGGACAAAAACAACCAGCAAGGAAGAGCUUAUACCAGACCGCGCGGAUGUAAAACGCCGUCUGUCCGACGAACCGAGUGGACCACCAGCCGUUCGACACAAACUCACUGCACCUGUCAUGCACGAUUUCGACCAUGUACGGAGAAACAUCCAGACCUACUCACAGGGCAUUUUCGACACACCUCACGUUCGAGCAAGCGCUCCGCUCGAGGAAGGAUCGGGCUUACCUGAAGUACCACCACGAGCAGAUUUUGCGCAUCUAUCCAGGUCAUAUCUGAACCACGUACACGGGUGGUAUCCAGCGAUUCACUGGCCAAUCUUCCAACGCGAAGUAGAUGAGGUGUACACGGCACGCAGCUUCUGCGGGAUGCCUCAAGAGUGGAUCGGACUGUUCUUCGCAGUGCUGGCUUGUGGUAGCUUGCAAAGUUCCGCAACACCAGGGAGCCCUCCGAUCGCCUCAGAUAGGGGGAUGGCAUUCUUUGACAUCGCAACUCAAGCACUGACGCCCUGGGCGCAAGACCUUACGAUCAUACAUGCUCAAGUGGCAUUGCUUUUGAGCAUUUUCGCCGCAGAAAGUAACAUGAGGUCGGCAGGGUCCAUGUGGCUAUCUAAUGCUGUUAGGGUUGCUCAAGAACUGUGCAUUAACACGGAAGUCGAUUCCUGGCCCGUUGUUGACGGCGAGAUUCGGCGUAGGCUUUGGUGGGCGAUCUACUCGCGAGAUAGGAUCACAUCAUUUGAAGCGAACAAGCCGAUGCUUAUCAACGAUAACGAUUGCGAUAUCUCUCUUCCUUCCCCUGCAGACGACCGCUACAUACAGCCCCAAGGCUUCUUCCGAACCCACGCGAACACGGCACCUUUCACUGGCUCUCUGGCUGUCAUACAGAUCACCCGCAUAUACGCGCCAUUGUACCAGGCCUUGAAGUCUAGCAUGAUUACUCCUCAAACGCUGCAAAGCUUCGAUUCAAAAUUUAAAUCUAGAGCACAGCAACUGCCUGAGGCAUAUCAGACGAGCUCGACUGCUGCUUUGGAGACUGCGGCGCUACCGCCCCUCUUUGUCCUUCUUACCGCCCAGUACCACUUGUACAGACGCAACCUGUCACCUGUUUGUCAUCUCACUGAGCGAAGGGAAGCUCUUCGACAGUGUGCAAGCGUGGCUCAGGAAACUGCAAAGUAUAUCUCAAGGGCACUCCACACCCCGCCGAAGGCAGAGAUAGAGAAGAGUUGGCCUGCGAGAGUAGCGCCCAUGGCAAGUAACCUGACGUGCAUGCACCUCUGGCGAUGCAUUCUUGUACUGUGUUUCCGAGGCGACUACGAUGCGGCACUGAUGUGCUCACACAUGCUGAGUGUGGUUGGAAAUGUGCGGCAGGUCGGUGUUGGUUGCGGGAAGAACCUUGUCUUCGUCCUGGAAAAGUUGCUGGACCGUAUACAAAGCGGACACGGCUCGCCUCAGCAGCUUGAGUAUGAUCAGGAGAUGUUGGCUUACAUCAGUGGAGACGUGCAAGCUGGUGUUGAGCAUGGUUGGGCGUGGGCAGGUACAGAUCUGACAUCCACAAAGUCUCCUCAGAUCGCUUCAUUCGGCGCCUCACGACUCCCUGGUCAAGACCAGCCCAUGCGCGAUCGCCCGACUUCUGUCUCGCCAGCACAAGAAUGGGAGGGCUGGGGCAGAGUGGAUCGAUUAAUUCGACAACUGAUGGACGAGAACCGCCCAAGAACCGCACAGCCAACGUACUACCCACCACCGCACAAUCCUGUCAAACGAGUUCAGCUUGGUUCGAACGAUCAGUCGCCACCAAAGCCAGCGCCUCUACCGAGCCCCGCACCAUCGAACGCCAGCCGCAUUAGUAUCGCCAACAUCAUAUAAGCAUUACACGCGAGAAGAGGAGGAUCACAAAGGAAAAGUGCCUUACGAGAGUGGCAUAUACACAAGCGACGAUUCCCUUAUGUUGCGCAUCAUGGUUCGACCCUUAGCGUUUCUUUGUCCUAUGAU